UUUGUGUUUGUGUAGUUCGUAGUUCAGCUCCCUCAGCCACCAGAUGGUCCAGGAAGGCAACUCACUUUUGCACCAGCUGGCCCACGAGCCGAACGGAAAGCUGAAGGAGAUGUGUGAUUCACCGGAUGAUAUCAAUGAGGUGAACGCGAUGGGUGAGACGCCGCUGCUGUCCCUGCUCCGCUCGCCGGCACCCAAUCUCUCGGCUGUUUGCGAGCUCCUCCGGGCGCGCGCGGACGUGAACCGUGGGGACAUUAUGGGGGAGACCCCCUUGAUGGAAGCCGCUUGCUUGGGCGACCGUGAACUUUGCCUGUCGCUCCUUCAGUCCCGAGCGGAUGCUGAGCGGCGGAAUUUGUCCACGGGGCAACGAGCCGAGGAACUAGCACAAAGCGCAGGCUACGAGGACAUUGCGCAGCUUUGCCGAUCCCAUGGCCAGGCCAUCCUCGCUCCCCGGCGCCGGGGCGGUGCACUGCGGCAGCGCUGUGAGGAACAGGAGGUCCCCUUGGACCUCUUGGGUCAGCUCUGCGCCAACGACCUGCUCCGCGACAUCGACCGCUGGCAACGGGCACCCUGGGCAGAGCUCGCCACUGAGGCGACUGAGCAGGGCCUCGAGGUGACGGAGCAAGUGGAGCGUCAGGAGUUGGAGGUCCGGCUGAAGAAGCUCCGAGUGUGGCGGCUUUUGCCAUUACAGCCACUACAGGACCUUUGCCGUUUGGAGGCCGCACACGUGGUGGGCGAGCGGGAAGGCCGCGGCGAAAGCAGCGGGCCCCUCUCACGGGAAGAGCUGAUAGAAGCCUUGAUGGUGGCCUCCUGGGGCGGCGUGACCAAGAGUCAGAGCAUUCGCAAGCGCUGCGAGGAGAAGGGCAUACCAGAGGGCAAAUUGGAAGACCGGCAAAGGGCAGAGUUAAUCCUAAACGAGUUCGACCGCUUGGAACAGAUGUCCACGGGCGACUUGGGACGCCUCUACAAGAGCCGUGGCUUUGCCUACGCGGAUGACAUGGAGCCGGAAAGCCUCAGAGAACAACUGAAGGAGCACUUGCUCUACCAGGAGCUCUCACUCUCGCACUUGCGUCAGCUGUGCAAGGAGAAGGAGCUGCCCAUCAAGGGCGACCACCGCCGCGCGGAUCUGCUGAAGCUCAUCACCGCUGAGAGUUGGCAUGCCUUGGAGAUCCCCGUGAUGAAGCUCCCCAGUGUGCUGGUGGCCCAAGGCUUGUUGGACCAGCUGAAGCGACUGGAGAAGAAGGACGAGCGGCAGCUCCGGGCGGAGCUGCGGCGAAGACAGCUGCCGCUGGAGCAGAGCGCCUCCAAGUCGAAGCUGUUGAGCCGCCUGCGACGUCACUUGGUGUGGCAACAGAUGAGCGUGGAAGAUUUGGAGGACGAAUGCCGAAGCAGGGACCUGCAGUGGACCACGACCUCGAAAAUGUCGAAGCUGCAGCAAUUGCACCCGGGGAGCUUGCAGAAGAAGGAGAUGCUGCAGCUGCUCCAUGACUGGCUCACAGUGGAGAUGCUGGAAGGCAAGGGCAUCUCUGUGAAGCUCAUGGGCCAUGAGGCCUUGGCGAUCUUCAUGGAGGUGGAGCGCUUGGAGUCGAUGCCACGGAAGUUGCUGGAGGCCGAGUAUCAGAUGCUGGGCAUGCCGGAUGAGCCCAAGCUGGAGGACAAGGAGCUGAUCUAUCGACUCAAGCAAGUGCUCAUGUGGUCUCAGCUGGAGAUUGAGCAGCUGGUGGAGGAAUGCCAGGACCGUCAGUUGCAUAUCCAGCAUACACUGAAGCUAUGCGAAGAGGAAAAGCGACAGAUCUUGCUGGACAAGUUGAUCAUGAGUUUGGGCGUGGACGGCUGGGAAAAGCAGGGCAUCCCCGUGGCGCGGCUCUCGUCACUGGACGCGGCCAUCGGCAUCAUCGAGGAGCUGAAUCGACUCGAGGAGGCAGAAGAGAAGGAGGUGAAGGAGACCUAUCAGUUGCUAGGUUUGCCGAAGGAGACUUUGGACAAAAGUGUAAUGAUCUCGCGGCUGAAGCACUACAUGAUCUGGCAAGAGCUCAGGCCCUCCGAGUUGCGGAAGGAGUGCUUGAAGCACAGCAUCUCAGCAGCUGGAGACAUUGAAGAGCUCAUCACGAAGCUGGUCCUGAAGACGGCGGGCUUCGCAUUGCCAGAGGAGACGAAGGCCCCGGAGCUCACCUUUCCUCCACGAGAGCCCAAGACCUCGGUGCCCAAGACCAUCCCGGCACCCUCAGGCAAAGUGGCGAGCGCCUUCCAACUGCUGGGGCUGGAUGUCACGGCCAAGCAGGAGGAGGUCCGGAGAGCAUAUCGACGGUUGGCUUUGCAACAUCAUCCAGACAAAAACCCAGGACUCCAGGAAGAAGCUGUCAAGAAGUUUCAGCAGAUUACCCACGCCUACGAGACCCUCCAGGGCCAUCUAAAACAUUCCGCCCGUUGACGUGCAAA